AUGCCUUCCGCCGCUGCAUCUGAACCUCUCACGUCUAAUCGACGAAACCGAAUGCAUCAAUCGGGUCAACGACGACCUCGAAGUGGUUCUUUGGGAAUCGAAAAACAUUUGAAAAGAUUUGGAUAUGGUUUUUUGGUCUUGUUAAUCUGUGGAUUUCUAGCCUUGGGAUUGGCAACAAUAUUAUGGCCAUUUUUGGAGAACUAUUUGUUUCAGUCGGGUUUUCUCUCAACUCCCACCACUUCCUCAUCGCAACCUGUUUUGAUAUUAACCUCCUCUACAUCAAUACCUUCACCAACUCCUACUGAGCGACCAUCCGCUACGCCAUCUAUUACAAAACGACCAUCCACUGCGUCUACCCCCAGAAGGACCGAUUCUCCGACUAUUUUCCCUUGCAACACCCGGAUCGUUGGUUUCUACGAUGGGUCCAAUGACCGCGAUGUCACCGAUAGUCAGCUUCAAAAGUUGACUCAUAUCGUUUUUGGAUAUAUCAAAAUGAACUCCAUGGGAAGCUUAUAUUUUGCAUCGUAUCAAGAAAAAGAGAAAUUGGACAAAAUGGUGAAACGAGCACGCAUUUUGAAACCUGCGCUGAAAGUAAUGGUUUCAAUUGGCGGAGCAAUAGAUUAUCAGCACAUACCUGUAGUGGCAGCUGAUGAGGGGAAACGAAAAUAUCUUGCAAGGUCAAUCAAAGAAUUUAUCAAACUCCAUAAAGUCGAUGGAGUGGACAUUUUUUGGAAAUGGCCCACCAAGAAUGAGAAUCGAGAAGCGUUUGUAUUAAUGCUCCAGGAGAUUCGGAACGUGUUGGAUGAAAUCAGCAACCCGGAGAACCCUUACCUACUAACCGCUGUCACUCCUAAUUACGAUUGGCCCUGGUACAGAGACACUCUAGAUCUGAAUGGAGUUAUGGGACUAGUUGAUUUUGUCAAUGUGUGGUCUGUGAGGUACUACGGAUUCUUCGACUCCAAAUGGGGUGCCUACACUGGUCCACCAUCCCCGUUGUACUCUGGACUCGGCGAGUAUGAAAAUUCAAAUGUCGACUGGACCAUGAAACUUUACACAUGCACGUCUAAGCAGCCUGGGAAGGUGAAUAUGGGUGUACCAUUUUACGGCGCUUACUGGAAAAAUGUGGAGGGUCCGAUUGAUGCUAAAGGAGAGAUGUGGUUUACUGCAAAGCCGAGAACAGAAGGAAAAUUUGAUUUUGACGGAGAUUAUAUCUCAUGGAGAGAUAUGGAGCCAGUUGGGUGGAACCUGUCGUCAACAAAAUGGCAUCAAGAAACAAAAACUCCUUAUAUUUGGGACCCCGAAAAGAAAGAAUUUUUGGGAUUUGAAAACCCGAGAAGUUUGAAAGAGAAGGUGCAAUAUAAUAUAGACAAGAAUUUGGGAGGAAUCACAAUAUGGUCUCUUGAAAUGGACGAUGAUGGCGAUACUUUACUGGAUUCAAUUAAUACGGAGGAUUUCUGUUUGAGUCGGAAAAAGAAGACAAUCAAUUAUUCAUGUGAUAACAAAUGA